AUGAAACAUUCUUCCAUCACUUAUGAACACCCACCCACCUCUCCGAAUGAAUGUUCACAACUAUGUAAGAGUCUUGAUAAUACAGACACUAAUGACGAUGAUAUUACUGAAAUUAGAACAAAAAAACCAAAAAUCGCGUUUCCCUUUGGAAGAUGUCGUGUAUGUUUGGAUAAAGCAACCGGAGCACAUUAUGGCGUUCCAACGUGUGAAGGAUGCAAAGGGUUUUUCAAAAGAAGUAUACUACGUAAAGAAAAGUAUCGAUGUUAUUUUGGAGAUUCAUGUAUUAUUAACCUUGACAAUCGAAACAGGUGUAAAUCAUGUCGUUUUCGAAAAUGUAUGAACGAAGGAAUGUCUGUCAACGGAGUUCGAAUGGGUCGAAUACCAAAACUGGUUAAAGAAAAAGCUUUACAAGAUUUAAGAGAACAAACUUUUGGAGAAGAAGAAUUGCAUGAAAAUUUGUUCCGCUUAGGCGAUGAGAAAAAUUUGGAUAAUUAUUAUCUCGAACAACCAGAGAUGGAUCAAGAGAUUACACAAGUGCCAUCGAAUACGGUUGCUCAAUCAUGUCGACAAAUUUAUUCAAAUGAAAACUGGCAGUCCACUUUAUCGUUGUCAAAUUUACCAUCAUUUUUUUAUACGGGCACCAGUAAACCCUUGUUAUGUCAGUUACCUCUACCAUCUCAAGUACCUUCACGAACACAAAUACCUUCAUCACCCGAAGUGCCUUUAGCACCUCAAGUACCGUAUCUAUCUCUAAAUCAGUUUGUCGAAACACAUUCGUAUCAACAGUGUAUUCCUGAUCAAAAUCAAAAUUUACCAAAACAAAUUCUUCGGUCAAAAUCAAACAUAUUCAGAUAUGAGAGUCCGAUGUUCUUACCUGAAGAUUUUACUUACGAUGAAACACUACCACGUCCAGAAGACGAUCAAAUUCAGAUGAAUGAAGCCGAUCAAGUUGUUGUUCAACAAUUUUCAGCGAAUGCAUUGAAACGAAUGAAAAAUAUCUCAUUGAAAUUAUCAAAUGGAAAUGUAAUUCAAGAGUUAAACUAUGAAGAAUUAGCGUUCAUUAGAUAUUUGAGAUGGUCGCUGUAUAGUAUAUUCAUAAGAUUUUCAAAACAUGUCAACGAAUUGAAAGAACGAAUGUAUACACUAAUUGAUCUAGGGAUCACUGACUAUCCUGGAAAUAAUGCAUCUAUAGAAGAUAUUUACGCUGGUAUAAAAGCUUCUAUUCCUGUUCAUGUAAAAAAUAUGAUUACCAAUUUUAAAAGGAUUAAAUAUUCGUGUACUUUUGUAAAUGGUGAAUGUUUUAACAUGUAUCCCAAUGAUCUUCAGUGCACUCGUCAUUGGAUGCUGGUGAUGCACGGUGAAGAAAUAACAAAUAAAAUAUUUGAAUUUGCGAAUAAAUUCAAUGAGCUCAAGUUAUUUCCUGAAGAACAUGCCUUGAUAUUUCCGAUAGUUUUAUGCAAAGAAGAUGAAACUCUUAAUGAUAAAGAGACUAUUAGUUCAAUUCAAACAUGUUACUCAUAUGUACUCUAUUCUCAAAUGUGUUCAAAUAGAAAAGAGCAUGAUGCUAGAAGAUUAUUCGAUCAAUUAUUCGAUGAACGUAUAAAUUAG